GAGCACCCACGAGAGAGAUUAACCCUCCUGCUGAGCAUCGUGUUAAUAUACCACCACCGGGAAUGACUAACAGUGAGGUGAGCUCAUCUUAUUACUCAUCCGGGCCUCAACAAACUGCCAAGCCACCCCCACAUCCAACCUUGGCCCUGGGAUUCAGCAAGAGCAACUUCCAAUACGACGAGCUAGCAGCUGCAACCGGAGGAUUUGGGAAGGACAAUCUUCUGGGAGAAGGUGGUUUUGGUUAUGUUUAUAAAGGAGUCUUAUCUAAUGGCAAGGAGAUAGCUGUUAAAAGUCUUAAAUCUGGAAGCUGCCAGGGAGAACGAGAAUUCCAGGCUGAGGUUGAGAUCAUUAGUCGUGUUCAUCAUCGACACCUUGUCUCUCUGGUUGGUUAUUGCAUGGCGGAUGAUAAAAGGAUGCUAGUUUAUGAAUUUGUCCCAAAUGGUACUCUUGAGCAUCAUCUUCAUGGGAAGAGUGGUGGAGUCAUGGAUUGGCCAUUUAGGAUUCAAACUGCAGUUGGAUCAGCUAAAGGUUUCGCUUAUCUUCAUGAGGAUUGUCAUCCUCGCAUCAUCCACAGAGAUAUCAAGACUUCAAACAUAUUACUUGACGACCAAUAUGUAGCCAAGGUGGCAGAUUUUGGAUUGGCUAAGCUCUCUUCUGACAACUAUACUCAUGUAUCAACGCGUAUAAUGGGAACAUUUGGAUAUCUAGCACCUGAGUACGCAUCAAGCGGAAAGCUGACGGAGAAAUCUGAUGUCUAUUCUUUCGGUGUUAUGCUCUUGGAGCUGAUAUCCGGAAAGCGUCCGGUCGAUGUCAACUCAGAAGGUGAUACUCUUGUCGACUGGGCGAGGCCUAUCCUAAUGGAUGCAGUAGAGGGUGGAAGCUUCGACGAGCUGGUCGAUCCCAGGUUGGAGAACAACUAUAAUCCUGAUGAGAUGCUACGCAUGAUAGCCUGUUCUGCUGCAUGCAUCAGACAGUCUGCCAGGAGACGCCCAAAAAUGAGCCAGGUGUGUGUUCAUUAUCUUUCAUUCUAG